AUGAGUCAUUUUUGUCAUCUAAAUGAAUGGCACAUGUAUCAUAAUCUAACUGGAUUUAUUCGGCAUGCAGUUUGGGUUGAGGUUCUCGUUGGCUGGAAAUCUUCACUGGUAGUUUUUCUGCACCUGAUGGUACGCAGUCAGAUUUUGCACCUGUUUAUCAACCACUUGCUCUAUAUACUGACUGAAGAUGAAGCAUACUCAAAGGACUGCUUCAUUGGAAUUUCAGGUCUAGUUUUUGCUAUCAACGUGCUAUCCAACCUUUCGGUGAAAGGUACUUGGGAAUUCCAGCUAACGACCGGACGAAUAUUCCGGAUCCCCAAAGCAGCCAUUGCCUGGGGUGAUUUGUUUCUCAUUCAGUUUCCUGUGCCAACAUCUUCUCUUGUC